GAUCGUUCAGUGUUAAUUAUCUGGCUAAAGAGACGUGCCUUGAUAACUGGUUCAAACGUUUCAGCAGUGAAAAAAUAAAGCAAAAUGCCAGGCGCUCAGACGAACACUAGUUUGAAUGGAAUCACACCUACCCAACAAAUGAUGGCAUCGUGUUCUGGUGCACUUUUGACUUCACUGAUUGUUACUCCAUUUGAUGUUGUGAAAAUACGACUUCAAGCACAGAAGACUCCAUUUCAUAAAGGAAAAUGCUUUCUGUAUUGCAAUGGCCUGAUGGACCAUUUAUGUGUCUGCGAGAAUGGAAAUACCCGUGCUUGGUAUAAAGCCCCUGGACAAUUUAGAGGAACGGUGGAUGCAUUUUUUCAAAUUGCUCGUAAUGAGGGUAUAAGAUCACUCUGGAGUGGACUUCCUCCAACAUUAAUAAUGGCAGUGCCUGCGACAGUUAUUUAUUUCACGUGUUAUGAUCAGUUGCGGAAUCUCAUGAGGUCUUAUCUAGGAUACGAUGGCAGCUUUAUUCCAGUGAUAGCCGGUGCUUCAGCUCGAGUGGGUGCAGUUACUGUCAUAAGCCCUUUGGAACUUAUCAGAACAAAGAGUCAGUCUCGUAGGCUGACAUAUAGAGAACUGAGAGUUGUGAUUCGGACUGCAGUAACUCACGGCGGUUGGCUAUCUCUUUGGAGAGGCUGGGGUCCAUCGGUGCUUCGAGAUGUGCCAUUCUCAGCAAUUUACUGGUACAACUAUGAACUGUUGAAGAAGCUGUUGUGCAAGAAGUACAAUGUCAGUGAACCCACAUUGCUGAUCAGUUUUUCCUCAGGAGCAUCAUCGGGCACAAUUGCAGCUGUAUUGACUUUGCCAUUUGAUGUUGUGAAAACUCGCAGACAAAUUGAAAUUGGAGAGCUGGAUGCAAUGAAGUCACCAAAGAAAUUGUCCUCUACAUGGAUAAUAAUGGAGAGAAUUGUUAGACAAUCAGGAUUUAGAGGUUUAUUUGUAGGAAACCCGCCAACAGAAAACUAUUCUCAUUGGUUUGUUGCCUCGAUUAUUGAAGGUGGCACCAGCUUGUGCGAUAAUGAUCAGUUCCUAUGAAUAUGGAAAAUCCUUUUUUCGUAAAAUGAACAAAGAGCGGGAAAGAAAAAAGGCUCUAAGUCAGACAUCAUCUGAGAAAAUGCAUACAGGUUGAGCCGUGGAAGAAACUAAACAUGGUGACUCAUUACUUGCCAAACCUGUGAACAAAUAUCCUCAUGUGACCAAGACCAUUAGAGGUGAAGCCUUGGAAAAACAAACUUCUUGUAAAUGGACGUAUAUUAUCAGAGAUGAAUUUACAAGUUCAGUUGUGAGUACAAGUGCUUAGACUUGCUGAAAUUUGAGCCUCAAAAGUCAGUGUUUUACCAAGUCUGGAUAUAAUAACAUGAAAGAUGAGAUGGAAAUUAGUUCAAGAGUAAAAUUAACUUGUUUAGUAUUGCGAAUAUAGUAGAUUGUCCAACAAAUCUUCAGUCCUAAAAUGGGAAUAAAUUGAAUGCUGAAGUUGCAUCACAUCAUAAUUAAUGUUUAAAGCAGCUGUAGAAAUUGAAAGCGCAAUGCCAAUAUUUAGAAAUAAAAUAAACUGCUAAAUAAUCUGCAAAGUAUUUUAGUUAAUUAUUUUGAAGUCCUAAUUAACCAUAUGCAUAGUAAUGUUAUAUUUUAUUUUACACAAAAAUGACAGCAAACUGAAAGAUAUAAAAAUGAAAUCUCUGCCAGUGCAGUUAAUAAACAUGAAAUGGGCUGGUCGGAUUUGUUAUGAUUGUUUAUCUGAACACUCAAUUUAUUGCAAUGAAGAUUAUUUCCUGAAAAUAGGGUUGAGUAAAGCUUAAAUUUGUGAAAUUCUGUUUGUGGGAUUUUUUUCUCCUUUAGAUGUCAAAUAAACAAGCAGUGCACACUUAAUAAACUGAUUUUAUUAAGCUA